ACAUCGAAGACACGGAUUGGAGUUUUAUCGGUUCUGAACCUGGAGUUCCCUUUUUUUUUUUUUUAGACACGCUGUAUAAAAAAAGAUGGCCGCAGUUUCGCUGUAUCUGAACGCUUUGUAAAUAAAGAAAGAAAGAGAGCGCAAGAACAGUCGGGCACGUAGAGUGAGAGAAACGCUUAUAUACGGGGCACCACUGAGAUAUCUGCAGUCCCGGACUAUCCAAGUUGUAACCCCUCGUUCCCUUGCCCCAGUUAUUAUUCCCUGCUCUGAUGUGAUGGAGUGUCCGCACCUAAACUCCAGCGUCUGCAUCGCUCCGGAUUCCACUCAGUUCCCGAACGGGUCGCCCUCGUCCUGGUGCUGCAGCGUUUGCCGCUCAAACAAAAGCCCGUGGGUGUGUUUAACAUGUUCAAGUGUGCAGUGUGGAAGAUACGUAAAUGGACAUGCAAAGAAGCAUUUUGAAGACUCGCAGAUUCAAGCCAGCAAUCACAAGAAAUCUGAAAAACACGACAAGGAGAAGCCACAGCAUGCUGUGUGUAUGGAUUGCAGUAGCUAUAGCACAUAUUGCUACAGAUGUGAUGAUUUUGUUGUCAACGACACCAAGCUGGGCCUGGUGCAGAAGGUCAGAGAACAUCUACAAAACUUGGAAAACUCUGGCUUCAGUGUGGAUAGACACAGAAAAAGAAAACUAUUGGAAAGUUCAUCCCUCAACAAUAAACUACUGAAAGUCAAUGGUAGUUCCUCUGCUCUGUGUGCUACUGGCCUUCGUAAUCUGGGAAACACGUGCUUUAUGAAUGCCAUUCUCCAGUCCCUCAGUAAUAUUCAACAGUUCUGCUGCUAUUUCAAGGAGCUGCCGGCUGUGGAGUUGCGCAGUGGGAAAACUGCAGGUAGAAGAAUGUACCACACGAGGAGUCUGGGGGACAACAGUGUCUCCCUUGUAGAAGAGUUCCGGAAGACACUGUGUGCUUUGUGGCAGGGAAGUCAAACCGCAUUCAGUCCUGAAUCCUUAUUUUAUGUUAUUUGGAAAAUCAUGCCAAAUUUCAGGGGAUACCAGCAGCAGGAUGCUCAUGAGUUCAUGCGGUACCUUCUGGACCAUCUUCACUUGGAGCUUCAGGGAGAAUGCAAUGGAGUUUCCCGCUCCACGAUUCCACAGGAGGGAGCAAUGCUGUCUGUAGGGGGCAAAUGCUGCAUAAAUGGGACUUCUACAGUUGUGACAUCAAUAUUUGGAGGUAUUCUUCAGAAUGAAGUGAAUUGUUUGAUAUGUGGGACUGAAUCUAGAAAGUUUGAUCCAUUCCUUGAUCUUUCGUUAGAUAUUCCAAGCCAGUUUAGAAAUAAACGAACAAAGAACCAAGAAAGUGGACCAAUUUGCACUCUGCGAGACUGCCUGCGCAGUUUCACAGAUCUGGAGGAACUUGAUGAAACUGAACUGUACAUGUGCCACAAAUGCAAAAAACGUCAGAAGUCCACGAAAAAAUUCUGGAUUCAGAAGCUACCAAAGGUGUUCUGCUUGCAUUUGAAAAGAUUUCACUGGACCGCGUAUCUCAGAAACAAGGUAGACACGUAUGUAGAAUUUCCACUGCGAGGUCUAGACAUGAAGUGCUACUUAUUGGAGCCUGAAAACAGCGGCCCAGAAAGUUGCCUUUACGAACUUGCAGCUGUGGUUGUGCAUCACGGAUCAGGUGUUGGUUCUGGACAUUACACAGCAUAUGCAACCCACGAGGGCCGCUGGUACCAUUUCAACGACAGCACGGUCACGCUCACCGACGAGGAGACGGUGGUGAAGGCCAAGGCUUACAUCCUGUUCUAUAUAGAACGCCAGACCAAAUCCGCAUCGGACUCCAAACUUUAAUACCUCUCUCUCCCUGUCUGUCUCUCGCUCACUCUCUUAACGCUUUUAUGUACUGAAGCAUUCUGACAAUACACAACUAUUCCAGUUUUUCCAUCAACACUUGAUCCAAGACUUCAUUUUCAUCAUGCACUUUUUUAUUUUAUUUAAUUUUUCAAAUUACUGUUGUGAAUUUGAGUUUGUUGUCCAAGUGCUAUUUUUUUUGUUUUCUUUUAAACACUUUUUUUUUUUUUUAUCAGAGAACCUCAGUAAAAUGUAACUGCUGCUUUUAUUUUCACUUUUUAGAUAUAUUUUUUAUAUAUAUAUAUAUAUAUAUAUAUAUAUAUAUAUAUAUAUAUAUAUAUAUAUAUAUAUAGUUUGCCUUUUUUGUUGCUCUGUGUUACAUUCCUCUCUGUGUGGCACAUUUUGCAUUUGUAUUAGAUUCCAAAGGUAAAGUUUUAUGUUGGGAAUGCUUAACCCUUCUCUUGGAGAAAUAAAGGAUCUUCACAAAGGAGGAACCUAUUAUGUAAGACUCACACAAGCUGAAACUGCCAGUCUUUGUUUUUUGCAAUCGUCCUCAAUUAUUGUGAAAACCAUUACUGUAAGCAUUUGUUACAUAUACAAUAAAUUAAUUGUGAAAUCUGACUCCAAAAAUACAAUUACAUGUGAAAUGGGAACUUUUUUUUUUUUCAGGUACUGUAGUUCUGUAUGAGUUUAUCAGUUGUAAUUGGUGAUGUUUAAAAAUGCACAUGUGAGAUGUCUCUCAAUGUAAUAUAAUGCAUUGCUUAAUUAACAAGAUAACACACUGAAGAAACAUUUUCAGAGACUCCGGAACUAAAUUUAACCUGAAAUAUCUGUGCUUGAACAUACAGCCAGCAUUGUUAAACUAAACUUUGGGUUUUAUGUUUGAAAAGGUGCUAUUCAGUCCAAUAUUGUUCAAAUAAACUGCACACAUUUUAUUUGGGUUCAAAUUCUAUUUAAAAUUCACACCAUAAGUGAAUCAAAUAAGUGUCCUGUAGAUGAAUGCAUAAUAUACUCUAGGUGGCACUGCUUAUCUUUGUGUUUUUGAAAUGUAAAAUGACUUUUUUUUUCCCCCAGAAAUACUAAUGUAGCUGAUUCUUAAAGUACCAUUAUUUCUUCUAUAAUGUGGGUUCUGAUUCUGUUAAAAAAAAAAAAAAAAAAAAAAAAAAAAAUCACCACAUAAGCUUGGCAUAAUAGAUAGCCAGGAGAAUUAAUUUUCUUGGAUGAGCCUGUGAAAUCAUUAGAUUCAGAAGCAAAUUUGCACAAGAAAAGAUGAAAAUGUAUUAAGUUUUAAUUGCAAAAAAACAGAGAAUAAAGCUUUCUGUAGCCAGUAUUUUGCCAUUUGUUAUAAGAGUGACAGUUAUGCUGUUAAGUGCAUAACCGGCACUUGAUCCUGAUCUUAAAAGAAAUAGUAUUUAGUAAAUUUAUCAGAUUACUUUGGGCUAAACAUAUGCUUUUAUGUAGCAUCUGUGCUGGUAAAUAGUUACAAACUUAAAUGUGCUCAGAACAUCCAGCAUAUUGUAGGCCUUUUAAAAUGAUCUUAUUGCAGUUUAAUCUUAUUUAAAUUUUUGUAUCAUUCAUUUUGUAGCACCACUGACUUUUGUGAUCCGUUUCACUGUUUUACUAUGGCUAUUUACAAUGACAAGUGUUUAGAAUUAAAACAUGCAGAACACAGUAGAAUAAUUCAGAAGCGAAUGCUGAAUGCAAUGGUCCUCAAUCCCUUCUCUUUUUGAUGACCAAAUGAUUUUCAUAUAUAAUCAUUUGUGUAUUUUUGUUUGGUUUUUAGUGGAAAUCAAGACAUAUCAAUCUUAAGUUGUGUCUGUAAAUCAAACAAACUUUUAGUUAUUUUGUAAUUUCAAAUGGUGUUAAGUGGAGUAGCAAAGUAUUUUAUUGACAUUUGAAUUAUGUACCCCAUUAUCCAAAUUUAAAAAAUGGUAUGGAAUAUGAUUUUUGGCCAUUGUCGGACCCAGUUCAAAGUUGAAUGUCUCUUUUGUUCACAAGAACAGUGUUUCUGAUAUUGCUGCUCAAUGCUCUGUGGAUCUGGUCUGUGGAGUAAUCACUUGUUUUCUGUUUCUUGACCAUCUGGUUCUUCUAUGUAUAUCAAAAUAGCUGUCUGUCUUUUAUAGGAAAGAUUAGUGCUGUAGGCGAUCUCCUCAGUGAUUAUGUACUUAUCUUAAUCACUAUAAUUAUCUUAACCCAAAAACACAGUAAUCAGCACUGUUAUCACCAAAUUUGUGACUUCAGAUAUAAUGUCAGCAAUAACUGCAUGAUGUGGAGUAGCCUAUUUACUUUACACUUGUCUGAAAACUUGAAGGAACAUUCCAAUUUUGUAAAACCAUACAUUUCUGAUUUUAUUUUAAUUGUAUUAUCUCCAAAUUGUGGCAGACGGUCUAGUAUUUCUUCGUAACACCUGUCCUUUGUUUUUAAUCCAAGCUUACUUUCUUCACUUGUCUUGUAUGGCUUUUCUAGUAUGUUAAGAGGAAGAUUUUGAUUUAUGUUACUGUGUUUCACACCUGGUUAUGCCAUUUAAUGCCGACCAGUAUAUUGAUUUGUGGGGUUGAACAAUUAAUUGCAACCACUUGACUUUGUUCAGUACUCUGUACAGCAUAUUAUAGUUCUAAGAUGACCAACUUUGGCCAUUUUAAGCGCAGACCAAAAAUCUAUAUAUAUUUUAGUUUGUUAAAAUAUUAGAAAGUUAGUUAAUUGAUGUAUAAUCAUUCAAUGGUAGUUUUGAUUUUGUGAAGCUGUAAAAAUCUUUCAAGCCAUUUUGGUAUUAACUACACCAAUCUAGACCUGCAAAUAGGACCAGGGAUUAAUUGCCUUAACGUUUUACAAAAAACAGUAUAUUUUAAGUUUUGUAGUCCAGGUAUUUCCAUAAUAACUUGCAAAAUUACUAUUUUUAUUUCUGGAAACUUGCAGUUUAAAGCAUUGUUUAAAGCAGCAGCCAGCACGUGCAUGGGGGAACAUUGAUUUUAUAAAGGCAUUUGGAGGUUUACAAGACGAUAAAUUGUGUUGAAGCAUUAAUAUCUGCCUAGAUUCCAUCAUCUAUUGCCUGUAUCAGAACUUUCACUGGAUAAUUCUUAAAAGAUGAUCUGUAAGUAACAGGUUAACAGCAUGGAAAGAGGCGUUUCAGAGCCUGAUCGGAGAUAAUCUUUUAUUGACAGUAAAUUGUAAAGACCGGAUAAAUUGGCCCUGGCUUGUGUUUCACUAUUUACAUGAAGUAUCUGCUGCUGACUCGUGGGACCCUAACCACAUGAUGUGCUGUGAACCGUGUAUUAGGGUUUGUUGCAACAGUCCAGUUUGCAGUUGUAUUCCAGGUUUCUUUUUUCAUACCUUGUUCUAUUAUUUAUUAUUAUUAUUAUUAUUAUUAUUAUUAUUAUAACUUUCUCCAUUUUCAUCUGAUGAAAGGGCAUAUGUACUGCAGUCUCGAAAGCUUGUGCACAUUUUGUGAUAGUUAAGGUCCAUUUUAAAAGAAAGCUGAAAGUGUUUUUGUUUUUUCUUUUCUUUUUUUUCUGAUUGUGACCAAAUAUUAUGUUGCGUAUAUAUUUUUACUUUAGCCACAGUAUUGCAAAAGGUAGCUUAAAAGCAAACCUAACAAUAAUGCAUUUAAAGAAUUGUCAUAUUAAUGGUCAUUAAAUGGUAGUCCCAUCCCAUGGCCAUAUCCAAGGGUAAAGAUUAAGUAGCUUCAAAUAUAAUUCAUUGCUUUUUUUUUUUUUUUUAAAUAAACAUUUUUGUAUGAGUUCCAAUAAUGAGUUAUAAUUUCUCAGUAGCUGCCUUUUACCUUGCUUUGAGCUUGUCAGGAAAAUCCUAAGUGGUGGGUCUCGGUGUCGCAUUAUUUGAAUGGAAUGGGGAUAGUCCAAGAAUUUAGGAUUCCCCAGACAAGCGUAAGGUCAAAGGCAGAAUUACAUAAAAAUGAUUUCAGUAUUGAAGCAAUGUAAUGAUUGCAAACUCCAAAAAAAAAAAAAAAAAAAAGCUGCUUACUCUUUUAAGGAUAUAGUUUUGCUUUAGCGCACUAACCUUGGCUUAGAAUGAAUGUGGCAUUGGCAUGAUGUGUGUGUGUGUGUGUACUGCAUGUGAAAGAGAGUUACUCUACAAGGAAAAAGUUUAAUGUGAGUUAGAAGCACCCAUGUAAUGUGAAGCCAUGCACCUCAGCACUUCUGUAACUUGAAUCGGAUAACUUGAUGCUGUAUGCACUCAUUUGAACAGUUUAAAACACUUUUGUUAUUUUUUUUUUGUUCUCUCUCUGCGUUCCAGAAUUGUAACUGACACGAUCCGCCUCUGAAUCACUGAAUACAACUAAGAUUCAUCAUUUCGUUUUUGAAUCGCCUGUUUAAUGCUGGUUCUCUUACGUGCUGUAAUAGCUGCAUUACAAUAAUGGUAUGUAUGUAUAUUAGUUAAUGUACUGUUUCACUGUUAGUAAAGUACAAUGUUAACGAUU